CGAAAUUAAAUUUUUUUUUUUCGUUAGGAAUUUCCUCAAAGAAGAUACACUUUUAUAACUAUCAGAAUCAGUCUUAACGUGAUAAAUAAACAUGUUUUCGUUUGUUAAGAAACUUUUUUUUUUUUUACUUCCAAGUUUCCUAUAGUUCGCUGUGUCCCGCAGAGAAACACUGGAUGUGGUCCAGGACCACGCUUUAUCCUGAUUUUCUCUCAGCAACCGGGACAGGUUUGCACCGAUCAGACCUGCUCAGGGUCACCCACCAAACCUCUCCUCAACCCAUUGUUUCGGACAAAAAGAUUUAAAAAUAGCGUCAUGAAGACUCAUUGAGACUCUGGAUAUUAGUGGAUUUUUUGGCAGUGACACAAAUCACACUGGGAGUGAACGGAUUGUGUUUUUCCCCUUUGUGCGGUUGUGAAGGUGAACUAUUGUUGGUUUCAACCAGCGAAGGCAGCGCACUCAGAUCGAUGAUAACAACAAGCUGAUUGAUUGGUCAGAGCGGGUUGAGUGUCAGCCAGAGAUUUGUCAGCAAUGGGGCGGAAGUUGGAUCUGUCGGGACUGACGGACAGCGAGGCGGAGCAUGUGCUGCAGGUGGUGCAGAGGGACAUGAAUCUACGCAAGAAGGAAGAAGAGCGUCUCAGUGAACUGAAGCAGGAGCUGGAUGAGGAGGGCAGUCGCUGCCUCCUCCUGUCACGGCAGAGUUGCUUCAACCAGCGCUGCUGCAUCCGCUGCUGCUUGCCCUUCACCUUCCUGUUCAACCCCAAGCGUCAGUGCCUGGACUGCCGCUACAACGUCUGCAAGGCCUGCCGGGUCUACAACAAGCAGGACAAAACCUGGCUCUGCUCCACCUGCCAGAAGAGCAGGCUGUUGAAGACACAGUCACUGGAGUGGUACUACACUAAUGUGAAGAAUCGCUUCAAGAGAUAUGGCAGUGCCAAAGUGCUGAAGACUCUCUACAAGAAGCACACGGCAGAGCAUGGUGUGCUUUCAGGGCUAAGUGAAGGCAGUGUGGGUGAGGGGAGCCUCUGCAAUGAAGGCAGCUUCUGUGGGAGCGACUCAACCUUCUACAGACAAACUGAAGAGCACAGCAUGGCUGAGACGCUCACUGUGGCCUUGCAGGUGGCAAAGGAGGCCAUAGACGAGGCCAUUUCUAAGGCAGAGUUCGACGCCAUCUCUAAGGCAGAGUUCGACGCCAUCAGUCAGGAGAAGCAGGAUGAGGCACACUAUCUGCGGGAGCACAGAGCAGAGCUCAUUGAGGAACUGGCCAAAACUAUUGUGCAAAAAAUCAUUAAUAGGAGGAAGACUUUGUCUGAGAUGAGGGGAGAGUACAACCAGGACUGGGCCCUCCAGCAAAACAUUGACCCCCAUCAUCAUCAGUCCACCUGUGAUCCAGCCUCCAGCUCCCUCAAACACCAACGAGGCCUCUGGAGGUCACACUCUGCCUUUUCACUGGUGGACAAUGACUCUCCAGGUCUGAUACAAGACUCUCCGCAGGCAUUUAAGAACGAAGGCAGUGGGUCGACUCUUUCUGCCUGGAAGAGUGUAGACCGGCUGGACAACGCUGGUGUGUCCUCGGUGCUGAAGAGCCCAGACGGGAACUGGAUUGCCCUGCAGAGCGCCCAGCUGUCUCGUCCCAGCCUGCUGACCAAAAAGAAGAGCCGGGUCUACAGUGCCUUGGAGAGGGAGUCCGGAGUGGUGUCCGCCUACGAACGCAUGGGCUCUGACAACAAAACCAAGCCUGAGCCCGACAGCUCCUGGGGCGCCGCCCUCCACGAGAUCCACAGGAUGAUGACAGACUCUAACUUCAACCUGCAGGACGCUCAGGACACGAUGUCGUCGGGCCGCCAAGGCAGCAGAGAUAACAUGCUGUCGGACUCUGAGGGGAACUGGAAGCCUAAUAAACCUCUGUCUGCUCUUUUGAAAAGGAAGGUGCCCGCGGAGAUCAGACGACCUUCGUCAUCCCGAAGGACAAGUAUCAUUGAUGUGAACUUUAAUGUACAAGGAGCAGGAGAGGAGGAAGAGGAGGAAGAGGAGGAAGAGGAGGAAGAGGAGGAGGAGGAGGAGGAGGACGAGGAGGACAGUGUGGCCACUGAGCUGGAGACGGGAAAAGUCAGGAUAUCACAGAGGAAAAGGAAGAGUAAAAAGAAGCACAUGGCUUCUUCUCCUGUGUCGGAUUUAAACAAAAAAGACAACCGAUCCCAACUCGCUUCUGAUGUUGUGACGCCCGAAACUUUGACCUGUGGAGCCACCACCCCCGGACCUUUUGGCCCCCAGAGUGACGCGACUGCACGCCGAGCCAAUCAGAUGAACGAGGAUCUCACGUUAAAGCUCCAGCAGCUGGCCGGCCGAGUUUCUGACCCCGCCGUCAAAGAAGGACGCUCUGAUGGUGAUGGACAGAGGGAGGAAGGAGGGGAGGAUGAAAGGUCGUGGAAGAUGGAGAUCAACUCGGGCGAGGGAAGAGUGGAGAAUGAAAAGGAGGAGGAAGAGAGAGAUGUCAAAGAGAUGACAUACAAACUGUUCAGGCUCAUUGCACAGUCCAGAGUCACGUGCUUGUCCUCUACUGACGAUGAGGGAGACAAAGUUGGCCAGAGUUCAGGAGAAUGGGAUGAAGAUAUGGAGGAAGACAAUAAAGACCAAGAGGAGGAGCGGACAGAAGGACUCACCUAUAAACUCAGUCGGCUGGAGAAAGAAGUCAGAGCUACACAGUUCUCAUCCACAGAGGACGAGCUGGACAGAGUUGGCGUCGAUGAGAAGAAGACAGAAGAAGAAGAGGAGGACGGGAGGAGCGAGGCACUGGCUGCGAAAGUGUGCAGAUUAGCUAACCAAGUCGCCACCCAGUUUUCAUCCACAGAGGACGAGCUGGACAGAGUGAGCAGAGGAGAGGACAGGGAGGAAGUGAUAGACGACGAGGCGCUGUGGACAUUACAGGCAGGAAAAUCUGCUCAGGCCGCCCAGCUGCGCGAUUUGGCCAGCCUAGUCAGCGCCUCUCAGUUUUCCUCCACUGAGGAUGAGCUGGAUAGAGUCGAGAAGAACGAGGGAGAGGGAGAGCAGGAGGAGGUAGAAGAAGGAGGGAUGGAGAUCAACGUUGAGAUGCCAGAAGUGUGGGUGGGAGCGGCGGAGAGGAGCGAAUCCUUCGGAGAUUUGGACGUGAGGAUGUUUGAUCUGAGGGAUGAAAUUGAGGAAACAAAGACUGAGAGUUGUGAUGACAAAGCAACAGCUAUGAAUGUUUUGGAUGGUCAGACUGAGAUGGAGGAAAGAGAUGAAGAGAUGAAGUUGAAAUCAGUGGUGGAAGCAGAGAAAACGGAGGAGAUAAUGAGAGCGGAGCAAGAAAAUCAGCCAGAGGCAAAGUGGCCAGACGAAAACGACAAGAGAGAGGACAGACAAAGAGAGGAAAAGUUUGAAGAAAGCAAAGAGGGCCAGGGGGAGUGGGAGGCAGCAGCACACAGCAAAGAGGAAGAUGCAGAAUCAGACAGAGGAGUCAGCAGCAUGUUGACUUUAGAGGAUACAAAGGUAGAAACAUUAAAGGAUAAAGCUGCAGAAAGUGAGAGACUAAACAGAGAGCUGAAGGACACAGAAACUGAUGAGAGUGUUAAAACAGGGGGAGAAAAUGGUUUCAAAGAAAAGCUUGAUGAUGUACAAAGUGCACAUACAUCAGAGGAGACAGGAAGUGAGGAAGAGUCUCAAAGUCGAGGCGACAACGUGAGGGCAGAGUCAGCUGUGAGCGAGGGAACAGGAGAAAAUGUAACUGAGCAAACUGGAGGAGAUACCUCCAGAGAAAAGGACCUGAUGAGCAGAAAUGAGCAGGAAGAAUGCGAGAGAGAUCUAGAGGAAAGAGGAGACUUAGCACUUGAGACGAAUCAGACGUGUAAAAGAACAGAAGUGGAUGUGGAGGAAGUUGAGGAUGGAGGAAGAAAGAUGGCGACCGAGCGGCCAGAGGCAGAGGAGGAGGGAGAGCAAAAAAGUGAAGAGGAAACUAAAGAAAAAAGUGCAGGCGACACGGAAAGGAGCGGCACAUCUUCUCUUCAGGAGGGUUUACUGUCACCAGAGGAGAUUCAGAAUGGUAGUGACAUGGAGCUUUACAAAACAUUAGAGUUUAUAUCGACUCUUCUGGAGCAGAGGUAUUCAGCGGCGUCUCUGUGCAGCAUCACCACUGAGGUGCUGAAGGUGCUCAACGCCACCGAGGAGCUGCUGCAGGGAGUGGAAGGAGGAGACGUCGCCCGACUCUCCCACACCUCACUGCCCCCCAACACUGACCCCAAGAAGCUGGAUCAACAGUUCUCCAGACUGGAGGAGAAUGUGUACAUGGCAGCUGGUUCGGUGUACAGUCUGGAGGCGGAGCUGAACGACCUCGAGGAGUGUGCCAGGGGAAUCAACAGCUCUACGUCUGACAUGGAGCUGUCCUUCCUGGAGGAGCAGGUGGCAUCUGCAGCCGCCAAGGUCCAGGAGUCUGAACUACAGAUUUGGGACAUCUCUGCAAGAAUUGCUGCCUUGAAGAGUGCAGGCCUCAAUGUGGACGUACACUCACGCCUCACUAAGACCAGGACCAUUCCAGUUAUGCCUGCCACCCUGGAUUCAUCAAGGCAACUGAGGAGGCGAUUACCUGCACCACCAGUGAAAGAAGACAAAGAAACCUAAAUCACCGGCCCAGGACCGCUGCAGUACCUCCAACACAGCAGUGCCUUAACCCUGUGACUCUGCAGCCUACAGGCCAGUCUUAAAAGAUCCAUUUUGCCUUAAUUUCAUCCUUCACUAAACAUGCCUCAAAUAAUAUGGGACACAAGUACUGUAUGUAGAUUUUGUGUAGAUGUGCUACGUGUAUAUCAAUGAUAGAGCAGGAAAUUACUGAUUCUAGUAUCAUGUUGUCAGAAAUGUACAGAAGAUAAAAGACUUUAUUUUAAGAUCGAAGACAAGAACAGUUUUGAAAUUUUGUCAGCAUUGAUCAAAUGUAUGUAGACAAAGCAGGUGAAUCCUCAGCUGACUAAAUGUCAGAACAAAAAAUCUAACAUUUGAGUUUUAAAACUUUAAACUUUAAAACGACUUCCAAACAAGUAGAUAAUUCUGGUGAAAUUAUUAUAUUACACAGUAUGUGUAAAAAGAAUGAAUAAUUGUUUUUAUAGAUUUCAUUUUAACACCAUUAGUUGUACAUUUAACUCACUAAUGAGUAAAGCUACACAGCAGUACAGUCAGUUACUGGAUAAAACCUGCAAUUUACACUGUUUUUAAAAUAAUAUAAAUAUACAGAUCACACAUACAUGGGAACAAUUAUAGCAUGUUAGAAAAUUGUUGUUAGACUGUAUCAUGUCUAUAAUGAAUACUAUAAACCUGUAUUUUCCAUGGUUGUGGAUGUCGUAGUGUACAUAUUUGAACAGCAAAGCAAUCAGUAAAUGUUGUUUUCUGCCUUCAUUUUUAAAGUACUGAAAAUAAAAAAAGAAGUUGCAAACA